AUGGGCUUCGACACAAUCCUACAGACCAUUCAGAAAGGGGGCUCAGUCCCCUUUCCAGCAGAAGCCAACGAGCUUGAGUAUGCCCGUUCACUCGACGCCGAAAGUCCCGUACAACAGCUUCGCGACGAGUUCAUUUUUCCGACGAAGAGAUCUCUGAGGAGUGUGACCAAGAAGAACACCCCUAAUGGCACUAACGGCACCAACGGCCUCACAAACGGCUUAUCAGCUGGCGAUGAUGAGCAGGUGGUCUACUUCUGCGGCAACUCAUUAGGUCUGCAGCCCAAAUGCAUGCGCGCCAGCAUCGAUGCCCAGCUCCAAGCCUGGGCAUCAAUCGGCGUCUACGGACACUUCAACGCCGCCCCCGAGUCGCCCCUGCCCCCAUGGCAAGACAUGGCCGCGGCAGUCUCCACCAAGAUGGCCCCCAUAGUCGGCGCCAAGCCCAGCGAGGUGGUCGUCAUGAACACCCUGACGGUCAACCUGCAGCUCCUGAUGGCGAGCUUCUACCGGCCGACCGAGAAGCGCCACAAGGUCAUCCUGGAGUGGAGGCCGUUCCCCAGCGACUACUACGCCAUCGAGUCGCACAUCCGCUGGCAAGGCCUCGAUCCGGCCAAGUCCAUGGUCGAGAUCGCGCCCGACGCUGAUGGUCCCGGUGGCCACUACAUCUCGACGGCCAGCGUCCUCGCCGCCAUCGACGCGCACGCCGACGAGGCCGCGCUGCUGCUCCUGCCCGGGCUGCAGUACUACAGCGGCCAGCUCUUCGACAUCCCGACCAUCACGGCGCACGCGCGCGCGCGGGGUCUAGUCGUGGGCUGGGACCUCGCCCACGCGGCCGGCAACGUCCCCGUCGCGCUGCACGACCUCGAGGUCGACUUCGCCGUGUGGUGCACGUACAAGUACCUCAAUGCCGGGCCGGGCAGCAUGGGCGGCGCCUUCGUGCACGAGAAGCACGGCGGCGUCAGCUUUGACGCCACCACAAAACUUCCGCAGUUCCAUCGCCGACUGCAGGGUUGGUACGGCACCGACAAGAGCGUGCGCUUCAACAUGGCCAAGACGUUCCAGCCGACCGUCGGCGCGCAGGGCUUCCAGCUGAGCAACCCGAGCGCGAUCGACCUGGCGGCCCUGAACGGCGCGCUCGAGGUCUAUACCAAGACGAGCGUGGAGGAGCUGAGAAGGAAGAGUGUUGUGCUGACGGGGUAUGCGCAGUGGUUGCUGGAUGGGAUCUUGAGGGAUGAGGAGGAGAAGAAAGGGGGCGAAGGAAAGGGGGAGCCGGCGUUCACGGUCAUCACGCCGCGGAAUCCGGCGGAGAGGGGGGCCCAGUUGAGUGUGCUGCUCCGGGCGGGCUUGCUGGAGAAGGUCAGUGGGCAGUUUGAGGAGGCGGGCAUUGUGUGUGACCAGCGGAAGCCGGAUGUCAUCCGCAUUGCGCCUGUGCCGAUAUAUAACAGCUUUGAGGAUGUUUGGAGGUGUGUUGAUGUCCUGCGGAGGACAGUCUUGGGUUAG